GUUAAAUCUCCCUGGGUAUCUCCUUCCUCACCCACAGAACCUUCCCUCCCCUCCUCCUCCUACCCUACUCUAUACCCCAUCUCCUGCCAAGUUUCCCUUCCUCUUGUACUCAAGAGUACUCUCAGUCUUUACACGAUUACCUCUUUUCGAAAAGACCGUCGUGUCGUAGGCCAAAGGAGGCGUUGGGAAAGGGGAGCAAUUCUGCAACAGUGGCUCUCUUAAUUUUAUUAUAGAUGCGGCCACGAUCUCCUGCAUCGGCCGCAGAGGACGACGGCGAUGACGACUCGGAUCCUUCGACCCUAGCGGCCCCAGUCGCUCCUGACAAUAUUAUAACUUCGACUUGGGAAGGUACGGAGGUGAACGGUAGUGGCAAUGGCUUUCGCCCCCCUUCGCGACGGGACAAUAGCGAAACUCUGGAUGCGCCCUCACGGCUCGGGGUCAACCAGCACAUACGAAGAUCGUUUGAGUCGCGGAACAGUAUAGAUGUCCCUGAUACCGCGAGGAGUCGAAGGCCGAGCAAUACUAUCUGGAAGCCUGGGGAGACACGGAAUGGGUCUGUGACCAAGAACGGGUCUGCGAAAUCAGGCCUCGUCGCUGUGCCUCCCACUGAGGUAAUCAACGACGGCAAGAUGCCACCCCAUUUCGUAGCAAGACGGACGAAGUUUCGGAGUCCCUGGUCAAAUUCGCCGACUACCUUCGCUGUAACGCUGCUUGCGAUCCUGUCGAUGUUCAUGAUCUUCUACUCCUUCACAACGCGACAAUUGGACAGCAAGGGGUGCCGAAUGUCAUACAUGAGGCCAGCGUUUGCCAAACUAAAGGACUUUGACACGGAGCACACGCGCUUUGCCAGCAAAUAUUCUGUAUAUCUAUACCGUGAAGCGACGGUAGAUGAGGACACAAAGGUCAAGGGAGUCCCAAUCCUUUUCAUACCAGGAAACGCAGGAAGCUAUAAGCAGGUCCGACCAAUUGCUGCAGAAGCUGCGAACUAUUUCCACGAUGUCCUCCGACACGACGAGGCCGUCCUUAAGGCUGGAACGAGGAAUCUCGACUUCUUCACAGUCGACUUCAACGAAGAGUUCACAGCGUUUCAUGGCCAGGCCAUCCUCGACCAAGCCGAAUACUUGAACGAAGCUGUGGCAUAUAUUCUUUCCCUAUACCACGAUCCGCGACAAUCCCAACGAGACCCUGACCUCCCAGACCCGACGUCAGUCAUAAUACUGGGACACUCUAUGGGCGGGAUUGUCGCGCGGACGAUGCUGGUAAUGCCGAACUACCAAUCAAAUUCCAUUAAUACCAUAAUAACAAUGUCGGCACCCCAUGCGCGCCCGCCUGUGUCGUUUGAUUCGCAGAUUGUGGAGAUAUACGAAAAUGUCAACCGCUAUUGGCGUGAGGCAUACUCUCAGCAGUGGGCAAACAACAACCCGCUGUGGCAUGUUACAUUAAUUUCUAUUGCCGGUGGAGGACUAGAUACGAUGGUGCCCUCGGAUUACGCAAGUCUGGAGUCGCUUGUCCCAGAGACUCAUGGGUUUACAGUGUUCACCACCACUGUCCCGACAGUCUGGACGGGCAUGGACCACCAGGCCAUCCUAUGGUGCGACCAAUUCCGAAAGGUUGUGAUAAAAUCGCUAUAUGAUGUGGUGGAUGUCAACCGAGCAGCUCAGACGAAACCCAGGGCGGAGAGGAUGCGCUUGUUCAAGAAACGUCUUUUAACAGGAAUGGAACCAUUUGCUGAGAGGACGCUGCCGCGGAAGGAACCGAGCACUCUGCUGACACUCGAGGACGGCUCGAACUCAAUACUGCAGCAGGGGAAGAGUUUGACGCUGAGGAAGUUCGGGCAGUCGCGUAAACCUCAGGCCUAUCUGCUGCCAAUACCAACCAACUUACCCGGGACGAGAUUCACUCUGCUCUCUGACCAGAAGCCUGAUGAGGAUGGAGGACACGGGAAGCUAGAGGUGCUGUUUUGCAGUGUAUUCCCCCUGAAGGCUGGACAGUCGGCUACUCUGCUCUCUAUGAACAUCGACCUCUCUGGUGAUAAGCCGGGGUCGGCGAGACUUGCGUGCAAGAAUGCUGCAGCCGAUGUUAUCCAGCUUCCUGCUUCCACACGGGAGUCGAAGCAUCCAUUCAUCGGCCAGGAUGACGAACCGGUUACCCCAUUUUCGUAUCUACAAUAUGAGCUGGCUGAUAUUGCGGAUCAUCAAUUCGUUGCGAUUGUCGACAAGGCUACAGAGCCAAGCCCAGGCUGGGUUGUUGCGGAGUUCAGCGACAAUGAGGUAUCAAAACGAGUGGGGUCUCUGAGUCUCAAAAAGCUCCUGGCUUUCGGAAUGAAGACAAAACUACCGGAUAAACGUCCUAUGGUCAUGGAAGUAAAUAUCCCUGCUUUACACUCGAGUCUCCUUUCAUACAACUUGAACGUGGGCAAUCAAGCUUGCGGAGAUGAAGGCCAGCUGUUCACGCCGUUGGUACGCCAGUACCUGUCAAAGCCAUACGAAUCGAAAUACUUUGUCAACGUCAAGCAGGCGAGCAUCAACCUGCACGGUGUUGCCCCAUUCAUGCCUCCUCCGCUUGAGCCGCGCCAAGGUCACGAAGGCAUCAGCCUGCAGAUAUGGACAGACCCUACCUGUGGGUCAUCAGUCGACGUAUCUCUCACCGUGGACGUUUUUGGGAGUUUCGGGAAACUGUACAUGCGCUACAGGACCAUCAUUGCUGCAUUUCCCCUGCUUAUCGUUUGUCUGGUUAUUGGAAAGCAGCUUUCGAUAUAUAACGACACCGGAAUUUUCGUCUCGUUUACUGAGGGCAUGGACGCUUGUCUCCGCCGCACCAUACCGCUGGUUAUGUUGUGUCUCACGAUUGUGUCGUGGGUUCUCUCAUCGAGCUCGGCCUCACCAGUCUCAGCGAACUCGAGUCCAUGGAGUUGGAAUGGGAAUGUAACAUCGCCGCUUGUGGAUUUCAAGCAGAACGAGCUCCUUUUGGGGUCUCGAGAUCCAUUUUUCUGGUUCCUGGUACCGCUCACGGGGGUUAUUUCUGUCGGGAUAUGCAUCAUAAUCAACUACGGAUUCUUGCUCCUGAUUCAGACUUGCUCGAUAGUGUAUGGGCUGGUGCAUACAAGCCCAGCUUGGCUCGGGAAGAAUGACAAGAGGCUAUCCAGUUCGGCUGCAUUUUAUCCUUCGUCGACACGAAGACGUCUCAUUAUAACUGGCAUUCUACUAAUACUGGUGGCGACAUUCAUCCCCUACCAGUUUGCCUACUUGGUGGCCUGCCUCGUCCAGAUUACGACCUGCACCCGCGCAUGGCGACUGGCUAGCGACACGCGAUCAGCAGCAAACCACCACUUCUACAACUACGCCCACUCAGUCUUCACCCUCAUGCUCUGGACCAUCCCCGCCAUCAACCUCCCCAUCCUCGUUGUCUGGGCCAACAACAUCGUCGUGCAAUGGCUCACGCCCUUCUCCUCCCACCACAACGUCCUCUCCAUCAUGCCGUUCAUCCUCCUCGUCGAGACGCUCACGAGCGGCAAGAUGAUCCCCCGCGUCUCCAACCGCCUCCGCUACGCCAUGCCCUCCUUCUUCUUCAUCAUCGCCAUGUACGCCGCCGUCUACGGCGUGACGUAUGUGUAUAUGCUGCAUCACCUCGUCAACAUCGCCACGUUUGGACUGUUCGUCAUACACUCCUCGUGCGGGACGUGGUCGGUGGCGGCGGUGAGCGAUAUCUUUGAUAGCGAGAGUAGCAUAGAGAAGCGAAAGAGAGGGAAGACGCCUUGAGAGUGGGCGGAUGUGGGAGCGGGUUUGUUCUUUUUGACUUUUCGAGACGACUGUUUUAUGACAAUGCCGGCCUUGGAUACCCGGAUGCGAGGGGAUCUCCCUCACCAACACCCCAUUUAAUGUUCCCAUUGCAUACCGGCGUUCUCUAGAAUCUUUGCUGGGCAUCGUUUUUUAUUCACUUCACUUCACUUCAGAUCAUCAUCUUCCAGCGGACGAGAGAAGAAGAGAGAGAAGCUGUACCACGUUUUGUGUACAUUAUAAUUUUUGUUUUCCAUUCACUUGCUUUUGCUGUUGCUGUUAGGCUGUUCCUGUUGAAUCGUUGGGGUGGAUUUGUUUGUGUUUUUUUCUGGGUAAGAGGGGGGGUUUUAGGAGUUUGGCUUUGGGUUGUCUGCUUUUGGG